AAAACCCUAGCCGCAAAUUUAUUCUCACACACUCAUGGCGCCCGAAACUCGUUCGCGGAGGAAUGUACGAUCUUCCGAACCAUCCGCCGCCGUCACCGGGGAAGAUCUCAUUUCCUCACGACCCGAAUCAUCCAAUCGAACCCGAGCCUCCAGGAAGAGAAAAACCGCAACAACGAUCGAACUUGAAUCAUCCAACCAAACCCUAGCCUCCAAGAAGAAAAAAACCGCCGCAACUUUGUCUUCAUCCUCCUCCGACAUGUUGAUCGAAGAUCAUCCCUCUGCCGCCGCCACCUUGGACGAGGAUGACGACGUCGAGAAGCUUCUAGAAGGCUUCGCUAAGAAGAGCCUGGUGCUCCUAGCCAAGGAAGCGGUCUCCAUGUACCCCAUUUUGAUUGAGAGCGUUCGAAAAUUGGCCGUUUUCAACCCCGCCCUUCGCAAGAUCCUCGUGUCCGGCCUCGACAGGUAUACCACCGGCCAAACCCUAACCUCCGUCUUCAGAGAGUGUGGCGAGAUUGAGGACUACUAUAUGCCCUGCAGAUUCUCCUUCUGUAGGUUCCUCGUGCCCGGAGCCGGAGUCCACGCUUAUAUCCUCUUCAAGCACCGAAGCGGAGCCCUUAAUGCGCUCAAACAGCCUCGCAAGGUGAUCGAUUACUGUAGCACCUAUUGCGAACUGGAGUCCCUCAAAGACAUUACCGUCACCGGUGAGUUGCUCACUGUUCCUCCGGGGUAUUACGAAUUAACAUCCCAAGACCAACCACCAUCAAUCAAGGAGGAGGAGCCGGUGGAGGAGGUUCUAGAAGCCUUUGGGCGGGAGUACCUGUUGUAUUUUGUUAAGGAUGCUGUGUCCAAGUACCCGAAUUUGAACGAGACCGUUUUCAAGCUGGCCAAUUUAGACCGCAAACUCCGCCAGGUCUGGGUGAGCAACGUCCGUGUGGGGACCACUGCCUGGACCCUAAAAACCUACUUUGAAAAGUACGGCGAGGUCGAGAGCAUUCUGUGCAUCCAGGAAUGCGUCGAUGAGUUAAAUAAUGGCAGCGUUAUUGUGGUCUUCAAGCAAAGACAUGGGGCCCUAAAGGCGGUUAAAGGUCUCCACAAGGACACCGAAUUUGGGAUUGGUGGCUUUAUCCUCUGUAUGCCCUUCAGUCGUGAUAAUCCGUUCUAGUUGAAAAGCAAUUAAGGAUUUCCCAGCUGUUGCAGCCCCUUUAUUUUUUGAUUUCUGCUUUCUUGCUCAAUGGACCCACAUCUACAGUAUUUGCUGUGUCUUCCCGAUCCACUCAGAGGCAGACAUUACCUAUCCUUUUGACAUUGGAUGAUUUGCGAGAUGGAUUUCUUUUUGGCUUCUUGUUGUAGUUUCCUUGGCUUCUUUUUUUUCUUCAUGUAAUUAUCUCACUCCGGGCCUGUCUUAUAUUAUUGUAAUGACUCUUUUAUAUCUAUGUAGUUCUUCUUUCAUGCCA